UUUUGUAUCUCUCUCUCAUCUUUGCUUUUUAUCAAACCAUCAUCACACCCACUUCCUCCUAUAUCUCUGUCUCUCUGCUCAAAUGUUGAUCUUUUGAGCCGUUGGAUCUGUACCGGUGAAGAAGGUUUACGAGAAAUGGGGAGUCUAUGUUCCGAGGAAGACGAAGAAGCCUCUUCCGAGAGAUGCGGAAGCUACAGCCCCAGCGCCGACAUUAGUGAGUCGGAGAGUUCGAGCAGCUUCUCUUGCCGGCGCUUCGACGGCGAGGGAGCCUCAAGCUCGAUGGCAUCGUCUCCCCGAGGCGGCGGGAGAGGAUUUUACUUCCCGGCGCCUGUUAUGCUUCCGGUGAUCGGUGGGAAAGAUGUGGUUUGGGAUGACAAGUCUGAGAAACAGGAGAGCGAUUUAUCCGAAAUUGAGAUGAUGAAGGAGAGAUUUGCGAAGCUACUUCUUGGAGAAGACAUGUCAGGAGGCGGUAAAGGGGUUUGUACGGCGCUUGCGAUCUCCAACGCCAUAACCAAUCUCUCUGCGACUGUGUUUGGUGAGCUAUGGAGGCUUGAGCCUCUUGCUCCGCAGAAGAAGGCGAUGUGGCGUAGAGAAGUGGAAUGGUUACUGUGUGUUAGCGACUCCAUCGUUGAGCUGAUUCCUUCCAUUCAGCAGUUCCCUGGAGGCGGAACAUAUGAGAUCAUGGAGACUCGGCCGCGCUCUGAUCUGUAUGCCAACCUCCCUGCUCUCAGGAAGCUCGACGCAAUGUUGAUUGAUAUGCUCGACGCUUUCUCCGAUACUGAGUUCUGGUAUACUGACCGCGGGAUUGUUCUAGGAGAGUGUGCCUACAACUCUCCAGCUUCCGUUAGGCAGGAGGACAAGUGGUGGCUGCCUUGCCCUAAGGUUCCGCCUAACGGUUUGUCACAGGAGACGAGGAAGAAACUGCAGCAGUGUCGGGACUUUGCUAACCAGAUUCUCAAGGCUGCAUUGGCUAUUAACAGUGGUGUCCUCGCCGAAAUGGAGAUACCCGACCCUUACUUGGAGGCACUGCCCAAGAGCGGGAAGGAAUGCCUUGGAGAGAUCAUCUACCACUACUUAACUGCAGACAAGUUCUCACCCGAAUGCCUCCUAGACUGCCUGGAUCUCUCAACGGAACAUCAGACACUUGAAAUAGCCAACCGGGUUGAGGCUGCCGUGCACGUCUGGAGACAGAAGAAUGGGAGGAGGAGGAAGCAGCACAAGAAGAAGCAGGCGAAACUAAAGCUGUCUUCAUGGAGUGGCAAGGUUAAAGGCCUUGUCAACGACACCACCGAUAGAAAUGAUUUUCUUGUGCAGAGAGCUGAGACCCUCUUGCAGAGUCUGAGGAUCCGUUUCCCGGGUCUUCCCCAGACAACGCUGGACAUGAACAAGAUUCAGUACAACAAGGAUGUAGGGCAAGCAAUUCUGGAGAGUUACUCGAGGGUGAUGGAGAGCAUGGCCUUCAACAUCACGGCCAGAAUAGAUGACGUGCUUUAUGUCGAUGAUGCCAUGAGAAGAUCAGUCUCUGCCACGGAGUCACUCUCCCUAUUCAGUGGACUCAAGCCCUUCUCUGGACAAGGCUCUCCCUACGGAUCCCCAUUUGCAACGCCUUCCCUAAGUCUGGCAUCGAGGAGCCCGAGGAGAGCACCGCCGCUGUAUACUGUGAAGAGAGAGAAGGGCAUACUGGGCGGCGAACCAGAGAAAGCAUGGUCGUAUGCCGGAAACCUGAGUUCAAGAAGAGUAACGGGCGUGACGCCGGAGAGAGAUUGAAACAAUGUAAAUCAGUGGUGCUUGUAGACGUAGACUUGUCUCUUGUCUAAGUUUUCUUUUUUCUUUUAGUCCGACUGACUACGAUGUGGAGUAUUUGGUAAUAGCAACAAUAUUAUUAUGUUAUGUGGAGUUUUUGGAGAA